UUUUUUUUUUCUUGAUGGUGGACGCACAAAAGGGUCUUUGCUCCAUUUGAAUUUCAGAGCUUUCGAAGGUUUUAAAAGAUGACCCUCGGAUUGCGACUCGGUUGAUGCUGCCAUUUCAUUGGUUGUGGAUGUCAAUUGGGGUUGGUUUGAAUGCCCUAUUACAAGUAGCAAAUUCAACCCCCCUUUUGUUGGGUAUUUCUUGUUGACUUGUGGUUUGAUUGCAACAUUUCAUCUUUCUUUGUUUGACUCAUAGUGGUUAUUGGUUUUCAAAGUUGUGCAACAGCUCACAUGUUCGGCUACUUUGAUGUUGAGGCCUAUUUUGUUGCUUUGUGUGGUUAGAGUGUUUUGUAGUAGUAGUUUGAGAUUUUAGUUUAAGAUUUUGUGGGUGAUUGGUAGUACUUGCGGUGGAAUAGAGAUGGAGAAAGAUGGAGGAGAGGACUGGAGGGAGAUGGUGAGAAAGAUGCUCCCCCCGGGUGCUCCCCUCCCGGAAGACGAGUCUCACCUUGAUUACUCAAUAGCAAUAGAGUAUAAUGGACCCCCGGUUUCGUACGAGCUUCCUCGAUUUGAACCUGUUGAUGUAAAUUCAGCUAUGAUUCCAACUGCGUCAAUAGCAGAACCGCCCUUAGAAUCACAAAGAUCAGUGACCUGUGAUGUCGCCCCUGUAAUUGAACCAAUCCCUUUGCCAGUGUCUCGUCUUUCUGGUGUCACACGUCCUCCUACUCACAGUCCAAGAGUAUCUGCAAGUUCAGAGUCUGUAGUGUCUGUCUUGCAGAACCCUGAUUUCUCUUCUGCUUCCCUUUCGGCAUCUCCGGGUUCUGUUCACAAUCCUCCAAAUAAUGCUUCUAAACUGUUAGUUAAUGAAGUAAGGAGAGCCCCGGUUGUCACUUUCAAUACUUUGGAUAGAUCGGAAAGAAAAGACCAUGUGGAGAAACAAGUUUUUCCUGAAUAUGUUGGGGUUUCCCAGGAAAAGAAGAAGAAAAAGAAAAGAAGAAUCUGUUAUAGGUGUGGAAAAGGGAAGUGGGAAACAAAGGAGUCAUGCCUUGUUUGUGAUUCAAAGUAUUGCAGCAAUUGUGUGCUUAGGGCUAUGGGUUCUAUGCCGGAAGGACGUAAAUGUGUUACUUGCAUUGGUGAGCCAAUUGAUGAAUCAAAGCGGUCCAAACUUGGUAAACAUUCAAGGUUAUUAGCCCGAUUGCUCAGUCCUUUAGAAGUCAAGCAAAUAAUGAAAGCAGAGAAAGAAUGUGCUGCUAAUCAGCUUCGACCAGAGCAGCUGAUUGUAAAUGGGCUCCCUCUGAAGCCAGAUGAGAUGGCUGAAUUACUUGGAUGCUCUUUACCACCGCGGAAAUUGAAGCCCGGUAGAUAUUGGUAUGACAAAGAAUCUGGUUUCUGGGGAAAGGAGGGAGAAAAGCCGGAUCGAAUUUUAAGUUCAAACUUAAAUUUUACUGGGAAACUUAGUCCUUAUGCGAGCAAUGGAAACACUGAAGUUUAUAUCAAUGGCAGAGAAAUUACAAAACUUGAACUGAGAGUUCUAAAGCUAGCAAAUGUGCAGUGUCCACGUGACACUCAUUUUUGGGUGUAUGAUGAUGGUCGUUAUGAGGAGGAAGGUCAGAACAAUAUCAGGGGGAACAUUUGGGAGAAGGCUUCAACACGACUUGUUUGCAUGUUGUUCUCUUUGCCUGUACCCCGUGGUCAGCCUUAUAGUAAUCGACAAAGGGAUGAGCCUAGCAAUUAUACUGCCGUUUCAAAUUAUUUAGAACAAAAAAAAAUACAUAAACUUCUUCUACUUGGCCUUCAGAGCUCUGGAACCAGCACUGUUUUCAAGCAGGCCAAGUUGAUGUAUGGGAACAAGUUUACUGCAGAAGAAUUGCAGGAUAUUAAGCUUAUGAUUCAAAGCAAUAUGUACAAAUAUCUCAGCAUACUGCUUGAUGGACGGGAGCGCUUUGAAGAGGAAGCCACAUCAAAGAUGAAAGCUCUAGGUUUUCAUGACCAAACUACUGAAGCAGGUGGACAGGUUGAUUCCAGUGGGAAUAGUCAAUGCAUCUAUUCCAUUAACCCUAAGUUAAAGCAUUUCUCUGAUUGGCUCCUAGACAUUAUAGCCACUGGAGAUUUGGAUGCAUUUUUCCCUGCAGCAACACGUGAGUAUGCUCCACUAGUUGAAGAGAUUUGGAAGGAUUCUGCUAUACAGGAAACAUAUAGGAGAAAAAAUGAGCUUCAUUUCCUUCCUGAUGUUGCUGAGUACUUCUUGAGCCGGGCUGUGGAAGUGUCAAGCAAUGAAUAUGAGCCUUCAGAGCGAGACAUACUAUAUGCAGAAGGGGUCACCCAAGGGAAUGGUUUGGCUUUCAUGGAGUUCUCCUUAGAUGAUCGUAGCCCAAUGUCUAUGACCUACACAGACAAUCUGGAUGCUCCACCCCCACCUCUAACUAGAUACCAACUUAUUAGAGUAAAUGCUAAGGGUAUGAACGAGGGCUGCAAGUGGGUGGAAAUGUUUGAAGACGUGCGUGUAGUAGUCUUCUGUGUUGCAUUGAGCGACUACAAUCAGCUGUGGCUUGCCCCAGAAAACAGUGGCAGUGGAUCCCUGCUUCAAAACAAGAUGAUUCAAAGCAAAGAGCUCUUCGAAGCAAUGGUUGGACAUCCCAGUUUUAAGAACACCCCUUUCGUGUUGAUCUUAAACAAGUACGAUCUCUUUGAGGAAAAAGUCAAUCACAUACCUUUAAGCACUUGCGAGUGGUUUACCGAUUUCUGUCCAGUACGACCCCAGUACAAUAACAACCAGUCACUGGCCCACCAGGCUUACUACUACAUUGCGGUGAAGUUUAAAGACUUGUAUGCUUCGCUCACAGGUCGAAAGCUUUUCGUGUGGCAAGCAAGGGCAAGAGACCGAGUCACCAUUGAUGAGGCAUUCAAGUAUAUAAGGGAGGUUCUCAAGUGGGAUGAAGAGAAGGAAGAGAACUACUAUGGUAUGCAAGAGGAUUCGUUCUACAGUACAACUGAUCUGAGCUCUUCGCCGUUUGUCAGGCAAGAGUGA